GCCAAGCCAUACACACAUCUUCACGGAAAAAAGAAAGCGGGUGGUGCACAUAGAACACAUCUCCAAGUCGUCGUCGACCCAAACGACCAACGCCGCAGUUAAGAUAGCUGAAACCCUCUUUGGCUCUCUCCUUCCUCCAUCGACCAAUCUCGUGUCCCUCUUUUCCGUUUCCGACCGCCCUCCGGAGUCUUCCAGAAACCGCGCCGGCGCCGCGCGCCUGCUCCUCAGCUUUUUAAACAAACGCCUCCACCGUUCCCCCGAUCUACUCCUAUCUCUAGUAGCAAUGGACACGCCGUCUCCUCCAGCCGCCGACAACGAGAUGCCUAGGGAGGAGGAGAGCCUGGAGCGCGAGGAGGCGCCGCCGUGGUUCGCGCCGCCGAUGGGCCCGGAGGACGUGGCCGCCGUGGAGACCCUCCUCGGGUACGAGUUCGGGGACAAGUCCCUGGUGGGGGAGGCGCUCACGCACGGCUCCUACUACUACCCUUACCCGCCCGGCGACUCCACCUACGAGCGGCUCGAGUACCUCGGCGACGGCGUGCUAACCUGCCUCAUGUCCCGGGAGGUCUUCCUCACCUACCGCAGCCUCCCGCCCGGCCCGCUCACGCGCCUCCGCGCAGCCAACGUCGACAAGGAGAAGCUCGCGCGCGUCGCCGUCGAGCACGGCAUCCACCGCUUCCUCCGCCACAAGGCGCCGCAGCUCGAUGGACAGAUUGAUGAUUUUAUAAAAGAAUUAUGCAAGUACAAGUAUCAUUCGAAUGGACUAUUGGAUGCUCCAAAAGUGCUAUCUGACAUUGUGGAAUCCCUAAUUGGCGCCAUAUACCUUGACUCUAACUUCAAUCAAGAAGUAGUUUGGCGGGUUUUUCGAAAUUUGGCUGAUCCACUUAUUAGCCUUGAGACCUUAGGCAAGCAUCCCGUAAGCGAGCUUUUAGAAUUUUGUCAAAAGACUCGGCGAGGCCUUCAGUUCGUGAAAGACGGAUGGGAUAAGCAUUUGAAGGUUGAUGUUUUGGUUGAUGGUUGUGGUCGUCAGGAGGUGUUCUUGAGAAGCAUAGGAGAGGGUGGUGGGGAGGUGCUCCGGAUUGCUGCUGUGCUCACUUUUUUUCUUGGAGGAAGUCAACAAAGACACCUAGACUUUAGUGAAGUAGUUUUCAGUUUUGUUGCCUUUGUCAUUUUUAAGUCAUAUUCUUAUGAUUCAUUAUCAGCCAAUGCAUCAAUAUUGUUUCAGUUAGUAUUACUAUUACGGAGACUUGUAAGUUAUUGAUUUUUCAGUCUAAGCAUGUGUUUUGUUAGUAUCAGGUUAUUCUUGUUGCUCAUCUGUUUGGACUUAGAAUAUUCUAAGUUUUUUUGUUUUAAUUCUCUAUUGUUUCAUUGUUAUUAAAGAGAUUUCAAAAUUUAGUAAAAUGGGUUUCCGGAGUGCGAUGGUGCUUAAAUCAGGGUAUCUCCUGUAAUUUGCAGCUAAGUUAUAGUGUGUGUUUUUAUUUUCAGCUAAAGUGCUUUUUAAGCAGAGGGAGAAUAGUAAUUCAGUGUGUUGAGAUAUGUUAUUUUUGACAUGUAGUCUUUGGUUUUUACAUAUCUGUAUACUGCAGUCGCAAUGUUUUCUCUUGUCUGAAUUAUCGAUCAAUUUCCUUUGUCAAAUUAACGGUUACAUUCUGCCUUUUUAGAUUAGUUGUGUUGUUCUUUUUUGCAGAAAGUUACUCCCUAAACGGGUUUGAAAACAGGCCAAACAAGUCAAACGAGGACAUGGUAAAAGUCUCGGCUCAGUAGUGAUUUUUUUUUAUUUUUUAUCAAGUGUUUGGCUUUAGGGAUAGGUAACUAAAGGGGAAUAUCUGACUAAGGACAAAUUCAAAAUUUCUAAAGUAAAUUGGUACGUUUUUUUCUAGUA